GCCUACAGGGGAUGAAAAAAAUAAAAAAUAAAAAUAAGUUAGGGCAAGUUUCAGACGACACAAUCUGCUUCGACACUCCGCAGGGCGCAGCCUCCGCUAUCUCCUCAGGUGACAAGGUUCUUAGUUUCAACCCUCCAACGUUGUUUAAUUCUUCCACCGCCAUACGACAUUACUCUCUCUAUUUUCAACUCCAAUUCCGAACCCAAACACAAUAAAUCGCCCCAAAUGUUCACCCUCAAAAUCCACUCUGUCGACACCCCUCACCCUAUAUCCUCCUCCACCUCCACCGCCGCCGCCACCACCACCCCUGCUGCACCAAGCCCAAACCCUAAUAACUAUAACAUAGUCGAACUCAAUGGCAUAAUCCACCUCUUCCGCAACCGCUCCCCAUCCGCCACCUCCCUCACAAAGCCUUCUGCCCGCACCACCCUCCUCUUCGUUGCAGCUGUCCCCAACUACCUCUCGCCGGAGGACUUCCUCCUCUUCUGUGGGUCCCACCUCGACAAUUUCUCCGAACUCCUCUUCAUCAGGAAUGAUGGCAUGGAGGAUCGGUACAGUGUCUUAAUCAAGCUCGUUAAUCAGUUGACAGCUGAUGGGUUUUACUGUAAUUUCAAUGGGAAGCGAUUCAAGCCCUCUGAGGCUGAGGUUUGUCAUAUAUUUUUUACUCACUCUGUGGAGUACACUGAGUUCGGAGAGAUUGCCAGUACACCUCCACCCGGAUUCACUGAAUUGCCGACCUGUCCAGUUUGUUUGGAGAGAUUGGACCAGGACACAAGUGGAAUACAGAGUACUCUUUGUGACCAUUCAUUUCAUUGUUCUUGCAUUUCGAAAUGGACCUAUUUGUCUUGCCAGGUCUGUCGGCUGUGUCAACAGCAAGACGAGAAACCAACCUGUGUUGCAUGUGGUGCAUUAGAGAAUCUCUGGGUUUGUGUUAUCUGCAGUUUUGUUGGAUGUGGAAGAUAUGAAGAAAGACAUGCUAUUAAGCACUGGAAGGAUACUCAGCAUUGCUAUUUUCUUAAGUUAGAAACGCAGCAGGUUUGGGACUAUGUUGGUGACACUUAUGUUCACCGACUAAAUCAAUCAAAAACUGAUGGCAAGUCAACAAUGAAAAAUUCUCACUGGAUGUCAAUUGAUGGACAUUGUGGUACGUGUGACUAUGGCGAGGAUUCUGGAAUUAGUGGGGCCCUUUUCAGCAGCAAAGUGGAAGGGAUUGUGGACGAGUACAACCAUCUUCUUGCGACCCAGCUGGAGAUUCAAAGACAACACUACGAACUACUACUUGCAGAGGCAAAAAGUAGAAGGGAAAGUUCCACAUCCGAAGCAGUGGAGAAGGCUGUGGCUUCAAAGAUGCAGGAUAUUCAAUAUGAACAGGAAAAAUUCAUUGAGGGACGUAAAAUUGCAGAGGAGACAAAUAAAGAUCUUGUGAAAAACCGAGAAGUCUUGCUGAAAAAGGUCAAGGAAAUUGAGGAGAGGGAAGUUUCAUCACUGAGGUCCAGAGAUGAGAAGAUAGUGGAUCUGGAAGAACAGAUCAGAGACUUAAAAGUCUAUGUUGAAGCCCAAAGGACACUGGCCAACAUGACCGAUUCAGAUGACAUCAAAGGGGGAACCCUUUUACCAGUACAAUCUAACCAAGCAACCCCCGCCAAUUCCAGAAGGCGCACCAAGUUGAGUCGAAGAAGGAACUAAUAGAUAAUAUGUGCAUUUGCCGAGUGGUUUUCUUCUACCGAGCGUAAACAAUCAUCUAUCAUCUUGUUUCCUGAUCUUUUUGUUUUUUUUGGAUAUAUAUCAUUUCCUUCUUUUAUGUGUGAUGUCUUAACAAAGUUUGCAUCAUUUCAGAUUUCUACCGAACAUUCUUGUAUCGAACUGUUUGUUUACAGUCGGCACAUAUUGGCCUAGGCGAUUAUAUCUUGUAGUCUACCUCACACGAGAGACUAAUAAUUAAUCAAAACAGAAAAUUAAAAAGGAAAGACAUCUCUACCGGAAGGUUGAAGGGCAAGAAAUAUAAACCUGACCUUGCCGCCACCACCUUCAAUUGUACCCAAAAAAAAAAAAAAAAAAAAAAAAAAGAAUUUUU